GUUUGGUAAGUUGAAGUGCUCCCAGCUGCUUUAUUCGUAUAGUGCUGCCCAAUUGGCCUCUUGCCGACUUCAUUGGCGUUUCUCUCAUUUUUCCUCUGCUACACGGUCAGAAUGCCUGCGUCAAUUACUAGGAUUCUAAUAAGCGCGCUGUUCUGUGUGGCUUCGGUUUCCGCCGACCCAGUCUACAACGGAGCGCCCCGGGAUGCCUAUGAUUAUAUCGUCAUUGGUGGAGGAACCGCAGGCUCGGCCCUGGCCGCCCGCUUGAGCCAAGGUCUUCGGUCGGCGAGCAUUCUCCUCGUCGAGGCUGGCCCGAUUGCCUUGGGAGAGGAAGGCAUCAACAUUCCCGGGAAAAAGGGGUCGACUCUGGGCACCAUCUACGAUUGGAACUUCACUACCACCAACCAGCCCGGGGCCAAGGACCGUGUCAUUGGUGUUAACAGGGGGAAGGUCCUGGGCGGCUCCUCUGCCCUGAAUCUGAUGUCCUGGGACAGGGCCAGCAUCCCCGAGUAUGACGCGUGGGAAGAUGUCGGAAAUCCGGGAUGGAACUGGCCGUCCAUGAUCGCAGCCAUGAAGAAGGUCGAGACCUUCACACCAUCUCCCCAUUACGGGGAGACGGGAGUGGGCACGACGGGACCUAUCAAGUCGGCCAUCAAUCGCUUCAUCCCCGAGCAUCAAGAAUCAUGGAUCCCGACCAUGAACAACCUGGGCGUUCGGCACAAUUUGGAGUCCUUGGGCGGGGAUCCGCUUGGGGUCAUGUACCAGCCUAGCAACAUCGACUCGGCCAUCUGGAAUAGGUCUUACGCUGCCAAUGGCUAUCUCCCGACGGCCGGAUCCAAUCUCCACGUCAUUACGGACCGGCGGGUAGCCAAGAUCAACCUCGAAGCACGCGACGGUUCCCAGAUGGUAGCCACCGGCGUCACCCUCCAAGACGGCACCGUCAUCCACGCCCGUGCAGAGGUUGUCCUUUCGGCAGGUACCAUCCAGAGCCCCGGGCUCCUGGAACUGUCGGGCGUUGGUCCACGGUCCGUUCUGGAGAAUGCCGGCAUCGACCAAGUCAUCGACCUCCCCGGCGUCGGCGAGAACCUGCAAGACCACAUUCGCAUCCAGGGCUCGUUCCAGCUCCAGGAUAACUACACGUCGUUCGACGCUCUGCGCUACAACACAAGCUUUGCUGCCGAGCAACUUGAGCUUUGGCGAUCUGGGCAAUACUCAAUGUACGACUACACGGGCAGCGGCUACACCUUCAGCAACUGGAGCCAGGUCGUCGGCAGCGACGCAUCCGCCGCCCUAACGUCUCUCGCCGAGCAGGCCAUCGGGACAUCCCGCCACCCAGUCGACCAGAAGAAGCUAGACUUCCUGCGCAACCCCGCCGUACCCCAAGUCGAUGUCAUCUUCUCCGACGGGUACACCGGCGUCAAGGGGUACCCCCCACCGAGCACGCCGCUCUUCGGCCAGGACUUCUUCACGCUGAUCGCCGGCAUCAUGCACCCGCUCAGCCGCGGCAGCGUGCACAUCCGAUCCUCCAACCUCAACGACGCCCCCCUCAUCAACCCCAACUACCUCUCCAACGAGUACGACAUCCAAGCCGCCGUCGCCGCCAUCAAGUAUGUCCGCAGGAUCGCCAACACGGCCCCGCUGUCGUCGCGGUGGGUGGCCGAGUACGAGCCCGGCCUGGCGGCGGUGCCGCCCGAGACCGACGACGACAACGAUGCCCAAUGGCGCGAUUUUGUCCUGAGCACCACGCUGUCCAUCUUCCACCCCGUCGGGUCGUGCGCCAUGUUGCCGCGGGACAAGGGCGGCGUGGUGGACCCGGCGUUGGUGGUCUAUGGGACGACUAACCUGCGUGUUGUUGAUGCUAGUGUGAUGCCUAUUUUGGUGUCGGGUCAUAUUCAGACGGCUGUGUAUGGGAUUGCUGAGAUGGCGGCUGAGAUGAUGAUUCGGGACGGUGGGAAGGGGAGAGGAUGAGUGGG